GUGGAAUCAUGCAUUUCUCAAAGCAAGUGCGCCUACUAAACACGGAUUCAGCUAUCAUGCGAAGCAAACCUUCCAUUUAACACGGAUUCAGCCAUCUUUGCGUUGGCUCUAUAUGCUCCCAACUACUACUUCUGAUUUUGAAGACACCAUUUCUGUAUGAUCCCCGCGUAAAAGCAGACCAAACAAACUACUCUCUGCCAUGGCCUCCACCGUGCAAUGCUCCGCCGGUUUCGCAACUCAGCCGCCGCGACCAGGCCACAGCUGCAGGUUCCAGCAGCGUCAGCGCCAGGGCACUCUCGUUUCAUCAGCUAGAAGAGAUGGUCAGGUCAGAGCUAUGGCUGGAGCGAGCAUGGAUGGGCGGGCACAGCAGCUUGAAGCCCCCGUCGCAGUGGUCACCGGAGCGUCCAGAGGGAUUGGGAGAGCCAUAGCUGUGGCUCUUGGCAAAGCAGGGUGCAAGGUGGUAGUGAACUAUGCCAGGUCAGGAACCGAAGCUGAAGAGGUGUGCAGAGAGAUUGAGGAGUCAGGUGGCACUGCCAUCGCCUUCUCCGCGGACGUCUCCAUCCAAUCCGACGUCGAAUCCAUGAUGAGAGAGGCAAUUGCUACCUGGGGAGCUCUGGACGUGCUGGUGAACAAUGCAGGGAUCACGCGAGACGCGCUGCUAAUGCGGAUGAAGCGGGCGCAAUGGCAGCAAGUCGUCGACGUGAACCUCACCGGCGUUUACCUCUGCGCCCAGGCCGCGGCGGCAGUGAUGACGAAAAGGAAGAAGGGACGGAUCAUCAACAUCGCGUCAGUGGCAGGGAUCAUAGGCAACAUCGGGCAGGCCAACUACUGCGCCGCCAAGGCCGGGGUGAUCGGACUGACCAAAGCCAUGGCCAGGGAGUACGGCAGCCGGAACAUAAACGUGAAUGCGGUGGCUCCGGGCUGGGUUGCGUCUGACAUGACCGCGAAGCUAAGCCACGACAUCGAACGGAAGGCGCUCGACACGAUACCGCUAGGAAGGUACGGCAAGCCAGAAGAGAUCGCUGGCCUGGUGGAGUUCUUGGCCUUUCAUCCGGCUGCGAGCUACAUCACUGGACAGGUGCUACCGGUUGACGGUGGCCUGUCGAUUUGAGGAGGGCAACCGAAACAGAACCGCGGCAGCAAGGUGUAGGAAACACAGAUGUGCAAGGAGGAACACGAGAAACAAAGUUCUCACGCAAAAUCUGUUGGUGGUUAAAAUUAACUCUCCGAAAUGUGUACGCACCAUCCUAAAAGUUAUAGUAUUUCAGUUGUCUAAGCAGAAACUCCGCAAUGCAUGGGGGUGACUCAAGCCGCAACACCUGAGCCUCUGCACCCCUUUUAGCUAAUUGUUUCAGUUCGUACUUCAUACUACGCUAC